GGUCAAUAAUGAGUCAGGGUGUUGAUCAAUCAGAAGGAUUCAUAUGGGAUGUGUUGUGUGUGGGGAGAGUCAGUAGUCCACAGAGAGAAAGCAAAGAUGAAGCUCCAGCACUCGCUUCUCUACCUGUGCGUCGUCAUUUCCACUGCCUUGUCCCAGGAGGAAACACCGCAGGUUCUUAAUCCCAGAGGUGCCCGUCCCAUCGAGCAUGGUUACAAGGCCGAGAAAUGUGCUUCAGAAAAAGAAUGGCCUUUCUGCACUGAUGAUGACUGGGGUAGAAAAUGUCCUUCUGGUUGCCGGAUUCAAGGCCUCCUGGAUAAAACCGAUCUUGAGCUCCUCAAAAAGAUUGAGAAGAUCCAGAAGCUACUAGAAGAUGGAAGGAGAAUGCACCGAUCUGCUGACCAGGUCUCCAAGGAUACCUACACCUACUUGAGAGAGCGCCUUCUCUCCAGUGCUGGUAAUGAUAACAGGUAUGUGGACUUGGCUGAGCAGCUGAGGCAAAGGAUUGUUGAAAUGAAGAUUAAAAUCGACCGGCAGCUCAGGGUGAUGGAAGCUUUGAAGUCUCAAGUGAAAAACCAGGUCAUCGCCAUGCAGCGCCUGGAGGUUGACAUUGACAUCAAGCUGCGUAGUUGCAAGGGCUCAUGUGCAAGCUAUGCUGAAUUCUCUGUGGACAAGGAGAGUUAUGUGGCACUGGAGAAGCAGAUGGAACGCCUGGACACCAUACGUGUUCAAAGUGUGGAGACUGUUAGUUCCCUGAGGGUAAUGAAGAGCAGGCCGAUGAAGGAUGUAGUCCUGCCCUCCAUCUACAAAGCUGGAGCCGAGCAGAAGAAGCCCCUAUUUACCGAUGUGGGUCAGUUGAAGCUCUCCCUGGAGGCCGAGGGUUCCACCGCUGAAUCGGCUGCCACUGUCAGCAAAGUCCUUACAGGUACAGGCCCAGUUGCGCCCUCCACUUCGCAUGUCAGCUGCACCAAAACAGUGCGCAAGGUGGUGACCCACACUAAAGACGGUGUCCAGGAGAAGUAUGAAACAGUGCACACUGGGCCCGGGUGUGAAACUCUUCAAACACUAGGUAUUUCCGACAGAGAACUUCUGAUGUCAGCCAAGGAGGGUAAGGACCUGUCCGGUGAUAGCUUCACGGUGAAAGUGAGUGGUGGAGAUUCAAAGUCUAUCACUACAUUUAGCCGUGGUGAUGCUGACCUGGGAGGGUUUGGUGGAGACUUCUUUAGGGACCUGGGCACUGGCACCCAGGACCGUAAGUUCUCCUCAUCCUCCUCUUCUUCCUCAUCUUUCUCCUCCUCCAAAACAUUGUUGACUGGUGGAAGCAAGGGUUUCACCUCAAAGUCAGUCAUGUCCACCUUUUCGCCUCUUGAUUUUGGAGAUGAUCUUGGGGCAUUCAUGCGUGGUGAUGUGGAAGACGAUCUUCCUGACAUUCAUGCACGGAGUGUGAAGUCCAGAGAUGAGCGCAAGGCUGGUUUUGUUGGCGGAGAUUGCGUUGAUAUCCUGCAGAACCAUGCCACGGGUGGUCAGAGCGGCCUGUUCAAAGUAAAACCAGCUGGUUCGGACGAGGUAGUAGAGGUUUACUGUGACCAGGUCACAGGUCUGGGGGGCUGGGUUCUGGUUCAGCAGAGGGAGGACGGGUCAGUUAACUUCAAUCGCACUUGGGAGGAGUACCGGGAUGGCUUUGGCAAGGUAGACAAGCAAGGGAGGGGUGAGUUUUGGAUUGGGAACCGCAUCCUGCAUCUCCUCACUCAGACAGAGAGUCUACUGAGAGUGGAGCUGCAGGACUGGGAAGGCAAGGAAGCUUAUGCUGAAUACAGCAUCAAAGUGGGCCCAGAAGCAGAGGGUUUCCAUCUAAGUGUCUCAUCUUAUACGGGGGAUGCAGGUGACGCACUUGUGCAGGGACAUUCUAACAUGGGUUCCUUCCUUUCACAUGGUGGUAUGAAGUUUAGUACCUUUGACAGAGACAGUGACCAAUGGGAGGAGAAUUGUGCAGAGAUGUAUGGAGGUGGCUGGUGGUACAAUAACUGCCAGUCAGCCAACCUUAAUGGGAUAUACUAUAAGGGAGGGCAGUAUGAUCCUGGUAGCAAAGUCCCCUAUGAAAUAGAGAAUGGCAUUGUGUGGCUGCCUUUUAAACCAGCUGAUUAUUCCCUUCAAGUUGUUAGAAUGAAGAUUAUGAAGAUUAGACCGCUCUGACCUCCCAAAGAAUGAGGGAAGAAAAAAGGACAGGUAGAGGUCACUUCUUGGUGUUAUGUAUUUUAAAGCACAAUGUCACAAUGUAAAAUGUUACACAACCAAAUGACCUCAUGUUUUCAAUAAAAAAAUGUGUUCACUUCA